AUGCUCAGGAUCCUGAGAAGGUUUAUGGCCUUCUUUCAGAGGCGGGAAGACCCUAACAGACAUCUGGGGCUCCCACAAGGUGACAACAAAUUGAAAACUGUGCAGGGAGUUGUGACAAGUUUAUUUCAUGAUUAUGGCUUGAUUGAUGAGUCCAUCUACUUCAGUACUAAUAUAGUGACUGAAAAUGUGCCUCUGAAAAUUGGACAGAAAGUUUCUGCAGUUAUAGAAGAAGAUAAAACAUCUGUCGAAUUGAAAGCAAUCAAAGUGGAUGUCAUCCCUGAUAAUUUUGAUGACACUAAACCACUGGACUCCAGAAUCAGAGUUUUAGUUGGUUGUGUUGCCUGUAUAAAGAAAGAUACUGUCUACAUUGAUAAAAAAACUUACUUCUCUAUAGACAUUGUUUCUGAAGGUUUUGUGCCUUAUAAGGGUGACUGGUUAGAAGUUGAAUAUUCCACACAGCCAGGCACCUCAAACAUCAAGGCACACUCAGUGAAGCCUAUGAACUGUAAGCAUGUGGAUGAGGUCUGCAUUACUAGCCUGCAGGAAAGACAUGGGAUGAUAGAUUAUACUAUCUUUUUCACCUUGGAUUCCCUGAAACUUCCUGAUGGAUAUGUACCUCAACCAUAUGAUGUCGUCAAUGUGGUAAUAGUGGAGAGUGUUCAGUUGUGCUGUGUUUGGAGAGCAGUUUCUAUGACUCCAGUGCAAAAGUCAUCUUAA